AUGUCUAAGUUCUUUGAACUUCCAGGAUCUCACAAACCACAUAAUGCUCAGGAAAGUGAUCCAAUCGCAAUCGAAAACGAUCGUCGGGCUAGUCUGACCUAUUUUGACUAUGGUGCUACUGAAAGAUUUCCAAAAACGUCUUCGAAACUAGACACAGAUAAUCCCAACAAAGGAAAGCUUGGAACAUUUGACGGAGUUUUUGUGCCGACAACGCUAAAUGUGCUUUCAAUUCUGAUGUUCUUGAGAUUUGGCUUCAUCAUAGGACAGAUGGGGAUUUUGGGAACCGUUCUUUUACUGGUUAUAAGUUACGGGAUCAAUCUUUUGACAACGUUGAGUAUUUCUGCAAUUUCCACAAAUGGUACCGUUCGUGGCGGAGGCGCAUAUUAUAUGAUUUCGCGCAGUUUGGGCCCCGAGUUUGGCGGCUCCAUCGGACUCAUUUUCUUUUUGGGACAAAUGCUAAACAGUGGUAUGAACGUGGUCGGUCUCAUUGAGCCUCUGAUGUACAAUUUUGGGUCUAAAAUCGACCAAGAAACCCCGGCUAUAUAUCCCUUGUUGAAACGCGGUUACUGGUGGGAGUUUUCGUAUGCUUCUGCUAUACUUUUAUUUUGCUUGGGGAUUGCCCUGAUCGGCUCUGCUACCGUUUCCAAAGCCGGGAAAAUACUAUUUUGGCUACUGCUUUUCUCGACUCUGUCGAUUCCCGUGUCUGCUCUCUUUGUGUCGCCUUUCAACGAUGGUCAAAUUCUGUACACAGGGCCUUCGAUGCAAACUUUAAAAGAAAACUUGUAUCCGCAGUUUACUAAGCGGGCUGCUGGAUCGCUUUUGAAGGGUAAAGAAACUUUCAACGAUCUCUUCGGAAUUUUUUAUCCUGCCACGGCCGGCAUUUUUGCAGGUGCUGGCAUGAGCAGUGAGUUGAGAAGGCCAUCCAGGUCAAUUCCAAAAGGAACGCUAUGGGGACUGGUGUUAACUUUUUUCUGCUACUUGAUUGUUAUUUUCACAAUAGGUGUGAGCGUCCCGCGCGAAUCUCUACACAAAGAUGUCCAAAUUAUCCAAACCAUAAGUUCUUCCCAUAUUGUCAUUUUGAUAGGCGAGUUGUCCACGUCCAUAUUUUCAAUUAUUGUUGGUAUCGUGGGCGCCGCGUUCGUGCUUGAAGCAAUAGCUAAAGAUUGCAUUUUUCCCGGAAUCUCCGUGUUCGAAAAACAUCCGAUUUGGUCAAUUCUAUUCACCUGGCUAUUAACCCAACUAUGCCUUUUUUCCGAUGUGAAUCAAAUAGCAACCUUCAUUACCAUGACAUUUUUGACUACUUUUGUCGUCGUGAAUCUAGCUUGCUUCCUUCUCGAAAUCUCAUCCGCUCCGAACUUCAGGCCUUCGUUCAGGUAUUUUGAUUGGUACACUGCUUGCGUUGGUGGAACUCUGUCAAUACUGGCAAUGCUCGUUGUUGAUGCCAUUUCUGCGUCGUUAGUUAUUCUGGCCAUUUCAGUGAUUUUCGUCGUGAUACAUCUUUUCUCUGCACCUAAGCCUUGGGGCGAUGUCUCUCAAAACAUCAUUUACCACCAAGUCCGCAAGUAUUUGUUACGGUUGAGACAAGACAACGUGAAGUACUGGCGGCCCCAAAUUUUGCUGCUGGUUGAUAAUCCUCGGACCAGUUGGAACUUGAUUAAAUUCUGCAACAACCUCAAAAAAGGUGGUCUUUACGUGCUGGGACAUGUUACAGUGGGCGAAAGCUUUCAGAAGGAAUACGAAGAAAUGAGGAAACAAACCCGUGCGUGGGUGAAAAUAAGAGAUAUGGCGAGCAUAAAAGCAUUCGUCCAGGUGGGUACUGGUCCCACUCUUCCGUGGGGUGUAAGAAAUGUAUUUCUGGGCUCUGGAUUGGGAGGGAUGCGGCCAAACAUAACGGUGAUUGGCUUCUUCGAUUUGGAAAACUACCAUAGAGAAAAAAACAAAGGCGAAGGGCCUUCCCACCGGAAAAAGACGUCCGCAAAAACGUUCUCCGGCUUGCCAGCGAGUCGACAGAAAAAUGGCGGCUUAGCAGUCGAUAUUCCAGACACUCCUGAAAUGUUGCCGACUGACGUUUGUAAGAAUGAGCGGAAAGUAAAGGUUCAACAAUGGGUGCAAAUAAUUGAAGACCUGUCACUCAUGAACAGCAACAUUGCCGUUGCUAAAAAGUUCAAAGACUUGAAGUUACCCAGUAAAAAGGACCAUGUCAAAAAAAAGAGAUACAUUGACCUCUACCCUAUCCAAAUGUCAGCGAAGGUCGAAAUCGAGGACGAUUCAUCACAGAGCGUUACAGCCACUAAUUUUGACACAUACACUUUGAUUUUGCAACUGGGAGCGAUUUUGGUCACUGUGCCAUCAUGGAAAAAGACGCACCGUCUAAGAGUGAUAGUUUUCAUCGAGAACGAGUUUGAGAAAAAGGAUGAGAACCAAAGAAUUAGUAAUUUGCUCAGUAUCCUUAGAAUUGAUGCAGAGAUUGUUGUUGUAUCACUUGAUCAAUUCCGCGUUUACAAUACUAUAAUCAAGGGAGAUUCUAUCAAGAUGAGGGAGGUCUCUGAAGUUCUUAAAGAUGAUCCUUGGUGGGCGGAGCUAAAAGAAGCGAGAGGAACGCAUAAAACCAGAAGAAGAUUCAGCACAAUUGCAACACCUGCGAUCGAGCCCCGAAAUGGUUCCGGGAAAACUGUACCACGGUAUGAGGUCUCUCAGCUGCAAAGACUAGGCGUCUCGAUGUCGAUGAAAUCGAGCUUUCUCAAUAGCCAAUUUAGUUUUCCCGAUGGCUCUGAUGAUGAGGAAACUGAGACAGACCCUAGUUCGGAUUCCGCCGGUGACGGAUCCAACUUCCUCAAGGGAAGCAAAAUUGAUAGAAUCAAACAGUACUUAUCGGUUUCUUCAGCCGGAAACCAGGCCAAAACAACCCGGUCCAAAAACCCAAAGGUUUCAGACGACCGGUCAGUACGGUCUUUUAUGCCAGUUUUUUCUAGCGACGCUCUACCGAAGACAAAAGUGAUUGAGGAAGCAAGCGGAGAUACGCCUUCUUUAGUUCCUGUUGUCGAAAAUGGUAGCAUGAACUCAUCGACACAAGAAAGUGGCAGGAAAAAAGUUCUUUCUCCUCUCUCUCCUUGUCAAUCUUCUGAAAGUUUGCUAGCCGAUCUCAAGAAAAUCUCCUUUAAUGACGUUCCAAGUAGAGCGCAGCAUUUGAUUUUGAACGACGUAAUGAUUCAGGUCUCAGGCAAGUCGGACCUUAUUUUCUCAACUUUACCUCUGCCACCUUUAGACACCCACAAGAGCGAGGAAGGUAGCCUUGAAUACAUCGAGAACCUCAAUGUGUGGCUAGCUGAUUUACCGCCCACAAUGUUGAUCAACUCAAAAUCAACAACUGUAACCACUGCUCUUUAG